UGAAGCCUUAAAUCAGGACCUGGACUCGUUUCGCCAGAGCCAUGAUUCAGUUACACUCCUGCAGUAUGUAGAUGACUUGCUUCUCACAGCCCCCACCGAGUCCAAAUGCCGACAGGCCACUGGAGACCUCCUCCAGGAACUAGGACAAUUGGUCUAUCAAGCCAGUGCAAAGAAGGCUCAAAUAUGCAGGCAGACAGUCACUUACCUAGGAUAUGAAUUAAGCAAAGGUACCAGAUGGCUAACAAAGGCCAUGAAAGAGACUAUUCUUAGGCUUCCUGUCCCGACCUCAGUCUGAGAGGUCUGCGAGUUUCUAGGGACAGCAGGCUACUGCCGACUAUGGAUUUUGGGGUAUGCUGAGAUAGCAAGGCCCCUGUAUGAAGCAGUCAAACAUAAGGCCCCCUGGGCCUGGGCCAAAACAACAAAAGGCCUUUGAUGAACUCAAGACUGUCCUCUUAAAGGCACCAGCCCUGGCGUUACCAGACCCCCUAAAAUCCUUCACCCUCUUUGUCGAUGAGAGGAAGGGGAUAGCAAAAGGAGUGCUAAUGCAGCAGCUGGGGCCAUGGAAGCGUCCGGUUGCCUAUUUAUCCAAAAAACUCGAUCCAGUUGCAGCAGAAUGGCCCCCAUGUCUAAGGAUCAUCGCCGCAGUGGCCCUAAUGGUAAAAGACGCAGACAAACUCACCUUUGGGCAGCAUCUAAAGGUGGUAACUCCUCAUGCGAUCGAGGGAGUCCUGAAGCACCCCCCUGCCACCCUUCUGCUGACCCCAGAUCUAGAGGUCCCCCUGCAUGAAUGCCAAGAAAUCCUGGCAGAGCUCACCCAGGUGCACCCUGACCUCCAGGACGUCGCCCUCCCCAACAGUGAGUUGGUAUGGUACACUGGCGGAAGCAGCUUCAUCAUGGACGGGAUGCGAAGGGCAGGCAUGGCAGUAGUAGACCAAGACGGGAAUGUCAUCUGGAGUGCCUCGCUUCCCCUGGGGACCUCAGCCCAAAAAGCCGAACUGAUUGCGCUGGCAGAGGCGCUAGAAUGAGCUGAAGAGAGACGGGUGACUGUAGCCACUAUGCUUUCGCCACUGUCCAUGUGCAUGGUGCCAUCUACUGGGAGAGGGGCUUUGUUACAGCAGAAGGAAAGAACUACGCAAUCUCCCAGAGGUACAGAGGUUGCUAGCGGCUGUGCAAAAGCCCCGGGCAGUUGCAGUGGUUCACAUCCCUGGACACCAGUCUGCCCGAACCCCGGAAGCUGAGGGAAACCGGUGAGCAGAUGAGGCCGCAAAAAAGGCGGCAGUAGCUUCACCAGCUUUGGCACUCGCCCUGCCAGCACCCAAGCUUCCGCGCCUGCCCCCGUGACCUGAUUACACCCCAGAAGAUCUCCAGUGGAUCCAAAACCACCACUGCCCAGAGCUUGAUCAACAUGGGUGGCAUCGAGACCCAGAAGGAAGACUAAUACUGCCAGAAAAACUAGGACUGUUCCUCCUUUCCAACCUGCACCAAGCCACCCAUUUAGGAAAGAGAAAGUUGCUGACAGUUCUCGAGUCUGCCCGCCUUAAGUUCCCCUGACAAGCCGUCCAGAUCCAGGAAAUCGUGGACCGAUAUGUCGGGUGCCAGGCUAUGAGACCCAGUAGGAAGGGACACCUGCACGCAGGUACAAGGGUAUGGGGGAGGGAGCCAGGACGGAGCUGGGGCGUAGCUUUUACUGAAGUGAAGUCUGGGAAGUAUGGGUAUAAGUACUUGCUAGUAUUUGUUGAUACUUUGUCAGGCUGGGUAGAAGCCUUCCCCACGAAACGAGAGACUGUCCAGGUUGUUGCUAAGGCAUUACUAGAAGAAAUCAUACCCCAAUAUGGGGUCCCCGAGGUUUUAGGGUCUGAUAACGGUCUGGCUUUCAUCAGUAAAGUCCUACAAGGACUGGCCCAAGUGGUGGGGACCAAUUGGAAGUUACAUUGUGAAUAUAAUCCCCAGAGCUCAGGGCAAGUAGAAAGAAUGAAUUGGACCCUGAAAGAGACCUUAUCUAAAUUAGCCAUUGAGACUGGUGGGGACUGGGUGACCCUCCUUCCCUGUGCUAUCUUCCGGGUUCGGAACUCCUCUUAUGUGCACAGAUUGACUCCCUUCGAAAUUCUAUAUGGGAGACCACCCCCCAUUAUUGUCCGUGCCUUGCCGGACCAAGACCCUAAUGUAACCCCAAAUUAUCUAGCCAGUUUGAAGGCCCUGCAGGAAGUCCAACAUGAGAUUUGGCCCUUGGUGCGCUCUUUGUAUGAGACAACAGACACACUGAACCCAGAACAUGGCAUCGCCCCAUGGGAUUGGGUAUGGGUAAAGAGGCACAGGACCCGAACUUUAGAAAAAAGAUGUAAAGGUCCUUACGUAGUUCUUCUGGUUACCCCAACUGCCUUAAAGGUUGAUGGCAUUGGACCUUGGGUCCACCACUCCCAUGUGCGCCGAGCCACCCAGCCAGAGCAAAGACAAGCCAGAGAGUGGACCGUGCGGCGGCACCCUGAUAACCCCCUGAAAUUACAGAUCUCGAGACCUCGAGAACACCCCUUACCUCCCACCCAGUCUGAUGAUGAAGUGGCUACUAGUCCUGACCCUGCUCAACAACUGGAAAGAAAACCAUGCAGAGAACAACCCUCAUCGACCUUAUAAGCAGACAUGGAUCCUGAUGGAUGGAAAAACUGGUAAAACCCUCAACGAAACCUCCAGCACGGCCCCACUAAACACCUGG